UUCUUAUGAUCACUCAGACAAGAUCUUGUUCUUUUGUCAAUAUUAAUUUCAAUAAUAAUAUGUGCUUUAUAUAAAUUAUAUACUAAAAUAAUUAAUAGUGUUUUUAAAAAUUUUUAUGUUACAAAAAAAUUUAUAAUUUAUAUUAUCAUUGUUCUUUCGACAAGUGGACAACAGGAUGACAAUCAUUACCACAAACAUGCUCACACCGAUUCAGCAAUUUUAUUCAGGUCAAAAUGUAUUCAUAACAGGUGGAACCGGAUUUCUAGGAAAAAUCUUGAUUGAAAAAUUGUUGAGGUCAUGCCCGGAUAUCUCAUCAAUUUAUAUUCUUGUUAGACCAAAAAAAGGACAGGAUAUUAUUCAACGAAUUGAAAAUAUAUUUGAUGAUCCAGUUUUUGAACGUUUAAAAAAGGAGCAAUCGAAAUUUCGUCAUAAAAUAUUUGGUAUCUGUGGUGAUUGUUCAAAAGUUGGUCUCGGAUUAUCAACAUCAGACAGAGAUUUAUUGGCAAGUGAAGUAUCAAUUGUCUUCAACGUCGCUGCAACAGUUAGAUUUGAUGAAAAGAUUGAAGACGCAGUUGCUAUCAACAUACGUGGUCCCAAAGAAACACUUGAUCUUUGUCGUUCAAUGAAGCAACUUCGGUCUGUUGUACAUGUCUCAACGGCAUACAGCAAUUGUAAUCGUGAUGAUAUUGAUGAAAAAUUUUAUGAAGCACCAAUAAGUGGUGAUAAUAUUAUGAAAUUAAUUUCAACAUUGGACAGCAAAAAAUUAUCUGAUAUAACAAAAAUUUUACUGGAUGAUUUUCCAAAUACUUAUGCGUAUACUAAGCAAAUUGCUGAACAAAUUAUUCAACAAUAUGGAAAAGAUUUACCGGUUGGAAUAUUCAGACCAGCAAUUGUUAUAUCAACAUACAAAGAACCAAUAAGUGGAUGGAUUGACAAUGUUUAUGGACCAACUGGUGCACUUGUUGGUGCUGGUGCUGGUCUAAUAAGAACUUUAAAUAUUGAUAAAAAUUGCACAGCUGAACUUGUACCAGUUGAUUACACAGUUAAUGCACUUGUUGCAUCAGCAUGGGAUAUUGUUAAUAAAAAAAAUGAAGCUGCUGAUCCACCGAUAUAUAAUUAUAAUUCAACAUGGAAUAAUAAAAUAACAUGGGGUGAAUAUAUUGAUUUUGCAUUUGAAUAUGGAAAAAAAAUACCAAGCAUUAAAAGUAUAUGGUGUUACAGUAUGACUCCAGUUAAAAAUAAAAUUAUUUAUUAUAUAUUGAGAUUGUUGCUUCAUCUUUUGCCUGGUUUACUUAUUGACAUUGGUUUAAUAAUGACUUUUAAAAAGCCAAGAAUUCUCAAUGCGUAUAAAAAAAUUCAUAAAUUUUCAAAUGUAACAGCUUAUUUUGGUACUCACAUGUGGAAAUUUUCAAACACAAAUACCCAAUUAUUGUGGAGAAAUUUAUCUCAAGAAGAUAAAGAUAUAUUUUAUUUUUCAAUGAACGAUUUUAAUUGGCGUGAUUUUGUGGAGAAAAGUGUUAAUGGAUUGAGACUUUACACAUUCAAAGAUGAUCCAAGUACAAUUCCCAUGGCCAAGAAAAGAAUGGCAAAACUUUUGUUGCUGCAUAAAAUUAUCAAAUGGGGAACAAUUGGCCUUGUUGCUUGGUUUUUUUACACUUUAAUUAACAUGUCCCUGACAAGUGCAACUGGUUUAUCAAUAUUCAAAACUGAUACAAUAGUGAUUGCUACAAGUAUUUAUGCUGAUCAUACUAUUAAUAAUGACGUUGAUACUGACAAUGAAAAUGAGAGUAAUAAUAACAAUGAAAAUAUCAACAAUACUCAAGUCAUCAUGGGAACACCAAUUCAAAAUUUUUAUGCUGGCCAAAAUGUCUUCAUAACAGGUGGUACUGGGUUCCUUGGUAAAACACUUGUUGAAAAAUUAUUAAGAAGCUGUGAUAUAUCAACAAUUUAUCUUCUUGUUAGACCUAAAAAAGGACUAAAUAUUAUCGAUCGUCUUGAUGAUCUAUUUAAUGAUCCAAUAUUUGAUUGCUUGAAGAAAAAUUCACCGAAAUUUCGUUAUAAAGUUGUACCAAUAGCUGGUGAUGUUGAAAAAACUGACCUUGGAUUAUCACCAAAAGAUCGUGAACUUUUAAUUCAAGAAGUGUCAAUUGUAUUUAACAGUGCAGCAACUGUGAGAUUUGAUGAAAAGCUGAGAAUUGCAACGACAAUAAAUGCUGGUGGUACAUUGGAAACAUUAAAACUUGUCAAUGAAAUGACAAAAUUAAAGGCAAUGGUCCAUGUAUCGACAGCAUAUUCAAAUUGCCAUGAGGAUAUUAUUGAGGAACGAUUUUAUUCUCAUCCUAUUAAGUAUGAGAAUCUCAAAGUCGUGACAAAGAGUUUGACCGAUGAAGCAAUUGAAGAUGUUCUUCCAAGACUUCUUGAAAAUUGGCCAAACACUUAUACAUUUACAAAAGCAGUUGCUGAACAAGUCGUAAGACAAAUGAGCAAUGGAAAACCAAUUGGCAUCUUCAGACCAGGAAUAAUAAUAUCAGCUGCUGAGGAGCCAUUACCAGGUUGGGUUGAUAAUUACUAUGGACCAACUGGUGGUGUAACAGCAGCAUCAUUGGGUGUUUUAAAAACAACACAAAUGGAUCCAAAUGUUAAGGCAAAUUUAGUACCAGUUGAUUACACAGUUAAUGCAUUGAUCGCAUGUGCUUGGGAUAUUUCAACACAAACAACAAGACGCAAUGAUGACAUGUUGAUAUACAAUUAUGUAUCGACAACUGAUGCACCAGUUACUUGGAAUAAUUUUUUUAUUGAUUAUUGUCUUGAGUCUGCUCGUGAAUAUCCAAUUUUACAAACAAAAUGGUACAUGACAUUUUCGAUAACAAAAAAUAGACUGGCAUAUAAUUUAUCAAUGAUUUUUUUACAUCUUUUACCGGCUUUAUUGGUGGAUUUAAUAUUUUUAUGCACUGGACAAAAACCAAAAUUAUACAAAAUGUUGAGUAAGAUAUUUAAAUACUUGGAUGUUGUGAGAGUUUUUACAAUGAAAGAUUGGAAUUGGAAGGCUAAUAAUGUACCGUUAAUGUGGAAACGGCUUGAUCAAGAAGAUCAAAAGAUAUUUAAAUUUUCGUUAACUGGAUUCAAUUGGAAAGAAUACAGUAGAAAUUAUAUGAUGGGAAUUAAAAUUUAUUUAUUCAAAGAGGGAUUAAAUACCUUGGAGGCAAGCAAAGAACGACAAAAAAGAUUACGUAUUGUUCAUGAAGGAUUGUAA